AGCAUAAUCAGCAUACCUGGACCUUCUCACGCGUUGUUUAGCAACAUGGCUUAGUAAGGUGUGUUGAGGGCAGGCCUGCGCAGGCUUUACUGCACAAUAGCAGGAAGAAGGGAUCACAUCCAACUUUGACCUCGUGUCAGUUGCGUCACGGCCUUCUUUGAGGAGGAUUAACUGACAACAGAGCAGUUCUGAGCAGACGUCGUGCUGUCACAUAUUCUCGCUAGCUUGACACAGGCUGAAAGUCUGGCAACUUCAGAGAAAUGGAGUGCCAAUGCGAAAAGGACAACGCUGAGGAUGCUGUUACAGACUGGUGGCUGAACAGCAACAACAUCCAAAUGGGAGCUUUUACUGUGGUGGGGUAUCUUCUCUACAGAUUCUCACAGACACUGCCAGCUCUGAUCCGAUGGCCGAUUCGUCUGUUCUGCACUCUAACCGGUCUGACAGCUCUCUGGAGUUGGGUGAGCCACCUAGUGGGAACCCUUCGUGGAAUCCAGAGCCUGUGUAACUGGCUGGCUGGAAUUUGGCGGUUUAUUGAAGCAUCUUCCUCCAAGUUCAAGUCGCUUUUUGGUGUCAACACGGUGAUGGAUCUGUCCAGCAGCACCGACAAACCAGGCCUAAGGCUAAUCCUCCUAGGGCCCAUGGGUGGAGGACGGACCUCCCUUGCAGAUACUUUGUUGGGCAACCGUGAGACAAGGGCACCCGUGGGUCCCCUAAUGGAGAGCACCAAGAGGAGGGCAGUAAUGGAUGGUAGAGAGGUUAUAGUGAUUGACACCCCAGAUCUUUUGGGGUUGUCAUUGGGGAACAACAACAGAGCCAGGGAAGCUCUGAGGAGCCUUCAGCUCACUGGUCCUGGACCGCACGCCUUCCUGCUGGUGAUACGAGCUCCGGGCUCCAGCACAGAGAUCGACCAGGAUGUGGCUCAGGCAAUCCGAGCCACCCUUGAGCUUUUCGGAGAUGGGGUCGCGGGCUACAUUCUCCCAGUGCUCACCCAUGCAGACUGCCUGGGUCGGAAGCGUACUGUAGAUCAGCUGCUUGAUGUGGACUCUGGGGAUUUACAAAGGGCUCUGUCUCUAAGCAACCAAAGAGCAGAGCUGGUGGACAACAGGCCAGACUGCCCUCCAGAGGCGCAGAGUGUGAUACGCAGGCAGCUGGUGGGCCGUGUGGUGGAGAUGAAGACACUGGGGGGGCAUUUUGUCCACGAGCUGCAGAGGAGGGAGGACCGCAUCAGGGAGGAGCUGCUAGCUGAAAUGGGCUCUGCCCUGGCUGGAAAACUGGGACACACAUGUGGAUAAGAGAGUGUGUGUGUGUGUGUGGGGGGGGGGGUGGGGGGAUAAGGAGACAGGAUUCAUUCAAGUGUUAAACAUGUAAUUUUGACUUUAAGUGCAAGGGUGAAUCUUUGCCUGAGGUAUUUUGUAUAUUUGUCACUCUGCUCGUUCACCACUGUCGAGAUAAAUGUACGACUGCUCAGAGGCCACCUUUUGGUUUUCAACAUGCUACCCAUUCUUUUGGUUAGAUAACAUUCACACACACUUAAUUUUGCUAUUCUUAUGUGUUGUAAUUCUUCCAUGUCAGUAUAUCCUUUUGGAAAGGCCUGCACCUCAUGUUUUCUUGCUCUCCUGCAGUG